AUCCAGCAUUAUGUUUAGUCGUGUCGUGCGUUUGUACCGGCACCGUCGUGGUUCGAACCGGUGUCGUUCGCGUGUGUAAUAAAAUAUUGUUGGUUCACGUUACUUACGUCUGGCGAACAGUAUGGAUUCGAAAGAUCUACCGUGAAACGUAUUCGGUUCGGGACAAUUCAUAACAAAGUGCAACAGGAAUCAUCAUUGGAAAGAGUAGUAUCCGAAACUACCACCCCACGCCGUUUAGGGUGGUCGCCGGCGAGUUCUCUUCCACUGGAAAUUUCGGACAAGACUGUGGGAAUGAAGAGACCUGCUACGACUCUAGUUCAAUCUAAAUAGGCUUCCGUGGCUUGCUCUCUCAAUUAUAUUUUUGUUUUUGCAACAACGUUGAAUUUGGUUCAAAAACGCUCGCGGGAGAUGUUGGCGAGUCAGACGUGAUGGCUGAAAACGGCAACUACGCAGGCGGCAAAGGACAUUUCUGUCAGCUCAACAGCCUGUGGUCCGUGUGGUACGGUCUACUCGCUACCGCGCUUAAUGUCUAUUCCGUUUUGCUAGCCACUCGGAGACUAUCGGAAUACUUGGAGGUAGUAUGGCCACCGAAAAGCGUACUCCCGCCCCGGUACGAAGUUCACUGCUUCGUGGCCACCAUCGGUAUGGCCGCCGUGCUAGUACCUCUGGUGGCCUUUACAGCCGCCUUUCGAACCGGAAACAUGGCCAACGACUCCGACAAACUGGGAAACCUGUUGGACGUCCGACGUCGACGACUGUCAUCAUGUUGGACUCACGGGCCGCCGUCUUCUUCCACACUACACUCGUUCACGGCGCUCGCCCUGCUGGUAGUCAAGCUCAUGAUCGAAGCCAGGCUCAUACAGGCCGGUCUCAUGUCUACAAAUAAUAUUUGGAAUACCGACUUGGACUUUCUGGUCCUCGGUGGUCAUCAGUCCAGUCCACCAAACAUCACGCUUAAAAAUAUGCACAUUGAACCCAAAACACAGUCGGUUCUUGUCCCACAGUCACCGUCGCCAUCAACAAAUAGAUCAUACGCUGGGGAUACUGAUGGGGUCAUGUCCGUCGAGUUUUUCAAUUACGCCAUGGCCUUGUUCAUAUAUUGCGGGCGGUAUGCGUCCGUUUUUUGGGAAACUAACAAAUGUUUCGCCACGUUAUUUUCCGUCCAGCUAUUUGCCAACGCUAUACAGUGCCUGUCGCUGUAUCUUUUCACCUGUAUCCUCUACAAGAUGCAAGUGUUGGGCGUCUGCAAAAUGGUGAAGGAACUGCCGGCCGGACCCACCACGUACCACCUGGUCCUGGAUCACUUGGACACCGCGGUCCUGUUCACCGUCACCACCGUGCUGAUAUUCGUGUCCAAUUCGAUAGUGUACUACUACGGGUACACUCGAUUCAGUGGGUUCGUGAAACGGCAGACGGGCGGACGGAAAUCCGUGGCCGACGCAUACUCUAGCCUGAUGCCGUACUGCGCCAGCGUACUGGCCCUGCUGGCCGUCGUCGCGUCCGAGAGUCCGCUGCUGUACAACGCCAUCGUCGUGUUCCGGUCGUCCCUCAACGGUGUGGUUUUGGCGUGCCUUUUGAACUCCACCGCGCACGUGUUCGUCUGGAUAGCCAUGUGGUCCGUGCUCACGCUCAAGCCCUGUUGGAUGUUCAACCUGCACCUGUUCUUGGAGUAUGACUCCAAAGGAGGCAGUGGAGGUGCAAGCGGAGGAGGCGGUGCAGGCGGUGCAGGCGGAGGCGAAGGAGACGACGCGCAGCGCGUGCCACUGCUGGUGGUGGCCCAGGGCGCCACGUACUCGCUGACCGAGAAGACGGCCAAGCGAAUCGUCACGUCGGUAGUGGAACGCGUAGUCGCCGACUACACGCGAGUCGCUGCCAAUUCGGACAAGCACAAGUAUAAAAGAACGCCAAAAACAAUGAGUGAUGAACAAAUAUACUGGCCUAGACCAAAGUCAAGUUCAGGCCGUAGUUGUUUAAGUGAAAUGGAAGACUCGGACGAACAGUCAGGCUGUUUUGGUUGUAAACGGACAAAAAAAUCUACAAGAGGUAUACCGAUGGACAAAAUCAACCGGAGGGGAGUCAGUCCAGAAGACGACGGUGAUUAUGCGAAGCUCCGCGAAUUGCCGAUGGUCGCUAGAGCUACAAACGAUCAUAGUGACGAUAAUACUUCCGAAGACACGAAGCUUUUGGACACGGUCCGGGAAGGUGUAAUUACGUACGCUAGCGCCAACACAAGAGAGUUGUUUUACUCGCCGGCCACGCCACCACCGCCACCGCCGCCCAUACAAGAAGACAUAAGUUCAGCUGCAGAAUUCCACGCUAGCAAAACCCAAGUGUCCAAGCAACAACAACAGCUGCGCGAACACGCGUACCGCGGCGGCGGCGUGUACAGCAAAACGACGGCGGCGACGGGCCUGCAGCUGCAGGGCGGGCCGCAGCGCACGUCGGGCGCCGCAUCGGUGACGACCGCCGACGAUUUCGAGGAAGAGGACACGGUCAAGUCGGAGUCCGAGGCGUCCGCGGCCGGCCACUCGCCGCAGGCCGCGUGCAGCGGCCACAGCGAAUCGUCGAGCGGUGUGCACUCAAACAGCAGCCACGACACGGCGGCCACGAUGCCGCUGCCGCCGCCGCCGCCGCCGUUGCAACUGUCGCCGGCCGCGUCCACGUCCACGCUGUCGCCGACGGACGACGAACAGCGGCGCCGGGCCAGUUACGCCGACCUGCAGAUCAUCGACACGGUGGUGAUCCGGCACAAGGGCGGCCCGGGCGCCAAGGCCCGCAUGCCGCCGGACCCGUGCACCAGGCCCACGAACGUGUCGCUCAGCUCGUUCACGGAACCUCGGGGCGCCCGGAACCGGCCCGGCUCGGUGCCCGGCUGGAGGACGAUGCCGCACAACGUCGCGGCGCCCGCGCCCCCGCCCCAGGUCAAGGCCCCGUCGCACUAUCGCCAGUACCAACAUCAGCAGCAGCAGCAGCAGCAGCAACAGCAACAAAAUCAGAUCAACUAUCAGCAGCAUCAACGGCAGUGGUCGUCGUCGUACAACGGCGGCGGCGGCGUGGGGGUGAGCGGCGUCAAAGCGUCCGGCGGCGUCCGGUCGCGGAACCACUCGACCAUACCCACGCACCACAACGGCGUCAGGCUGUUCCAGCAGCACCAGCAGCAGUCGUACGGCCAAUAAUACGUUUCGGGCCGUCCUUCCUGAAUUAUUAUUAUGUUUGUAAUGUGAUUCGAAAACGUUACGAUUGCAGUAGAGGAACGUAUAAUACUCAGUAGCACACGACAUGAUAAUAUUGUUAAAAAAAAAAGGGAGGUGCCGACGGAAGUAGAACCGUCCGGUCGGAGCUUUUCGAAAAAAAAACAACAGACGGAUUUUGAAUCAUAUACCGUAGACGUUUCCGCUCUGACGACUUAAACUAUACCUCCGUGCGGAACAGUCGACCCACGAUCAAUAUUAUAAUAUACCCCAAACCAUUCCUGAAAAUAAUCGAAACGAUCUAGUCCCGUGAUUCGUGCAUAUAAUCAUAAUAUCGUGUAUCUAUAGUAAAAUAAUAAUAUGUGUUUAACGACUUUAGUUUCGGAAUUAUUACUAUUAAAUGAUAUUUAUCUAAAUAUAUAAUUAACGUAUCAUUAUUAUUAUUAUUAUUAUUAUUAUAUCAUUAUCCAUAAUAUCACAUUUAAUCGUAUCGAUAAUUAUUAUUAUAUUAUAUAAAAUGACAAACUACACCGAUAUAAGACGUAUGUAAUAAUAAGUCAUAUUAUAAUUAUAUGUAUAUAUUAAAUAUAUUAUAUAUCCAGAAACGUUUACCUCCAAACGACCCGAACGAAUUUGUCGUGUUGAGCUUACCAAAUAUAUUGUUUUUUUUUUUUUUUUUUUUAAUUUAUCACCCGAUAGACUGAACGACACUAACUAAUACGUAGAUGUAUAUAGAGUAUAGAGUGAAAAAAAGACUCCGUCCUUGCCACCAAAGGAAUUUUCAAGCGAGCGCAGGGAAACAAUUUUAUUUAUUUAUAUAAUUUAUAGUUCAUAAACUUGCGUUGUAAAAAUAUUAUCGUAUCAUAUUUUAUAUCGUUAUGUUCGUCAUACAUUAAUAUUACGCGCUAUUCCGUACUCUCGACUUUAAUUUUACGAUAUUAUUAUAAUCGUCCACACAUCUACAAACGUAAUGUCCGUUUACGAUUCGAGAGACUGUAUUAUAUAACGUUGUGAGUGGAGAUGUAAGUGAUAUUUACUUUCCGAACACCGAAUCUAUGUAUCUUAAGGUUUGGUACUUACCACAAUCCGAGAAUUCACCGACGACAAUAAGCGAUAUCAGCCCAGAUUCGAAUUUUGUCGGGAUUAGUCACGGGUAUUUUUCGAGCUAGGUAGAGAGUCUCGCCUGUAAUACGAUUUAUAUCAAUAUAAUAUUUUGUAUAAUUUUUUUUUUUUAUCUUACAAAUGUAACCCAACCGAUUCUAAUUAUGACUCGUUAUUUCUAUCGAUCCGUUUUGUUUUCACGAUUCCCUUCGACAGACUGUUGUUAUCCUUGGUGCUAUAUGAUACGUUUAUCAUUUUUUUUUUAAAGUUUGAGCAUUUCUCCAUUAUUUUCAUACAAUCUUUUGUACUAUAUUUUCAGUUUAUUCUAUUUUUUUUAUUAUCAUUACUAUUUUUUUUUUUUAUAUAAUUGUCAAAUAACAUUUUAUAUACUGUAUAAUAUUAUAAUAUAAGAUAUUUACAUACCUUCAUAUUCUUUUUAUAUACCUAUAUUAUAUAUUAUUACAAUUACGUGUGCGCAUAUUUAUAAUUAUUUUAAGAUAUAUAAUAUUAUUAAAAAACAAAAUGUUUAGUCAUAUAAAUUAUAAUAUUAUAUUUAGUGAUUAUAGUAUGACAUGUAUUUUGUGUACGCGAUAGGUAUACUGCCCGGACAAAACGGACAAUAAAACGUCGUUUUUCCCGCGUAUCACAAUAUUAUUAUAUAGGUAGUAUUUAUGACAGAUUAUAGUCAACGUAAACAAAACAUAUUAUAAUAAUAAAUUAAUUAGCGUCCGUUGUAUUUACAAUAUUAUUAUUGAUACUUAGAUAUUAUGUUGUGUUUUAUAAUUUUAAAUAAAGAUCUCAUUUGUACUUUGAACCAAA